AUGAAGUGGAGCGUCCGCGGGGCCUGCGCCGCGCUUUCCUCCUGCCUGCUGCUCGCCUGCGCACUCAGCGCCGCCGCCGUCGGCCUUAAGUGCUUCUCGCUGGGCUCGGAGCUGCGCGGGGAGCCGUUCCGACUGGGGGCCGCAGCCGGCGCCUUCUACUCGGGGCUGCUGCUGGCUGCCGGCCUUUCACUGCUCGGCGCCGCCCUGCUCUGCUGCGGGCCCCGGGACGCGCCCCUCGCCGCCCCGGGACCGGCGCCAGGCCCGGGGAUAGGGGUUCCCGCGGCUCCCGAGGGCGCUCCGGAGGCUGCCCCCGGCGAGGCGGGGGCGGCGGCCGGGCCCCCGGGGCCGGUGAACAGCCAGAACCUGCUGCUGCUGGGCGUGCUUGUCUUCAUGCUCGGGGUCCUGAGCGCCUUCGCGGGCGCAGUGAUCGACGGCGACACGGUGUCCCUGGUGGAACGCAAGUACUCCCAUUACUGCCUGCCCCCGCGCUCGCCGGCCGCAGCCCCCAGCCCCGCAGCCGCGGCCCCGGGUCCGGCCCCAGGGGCGCCGCGCUCCCGCAGCACCCUGGACAGCGCCACGUCCGCCAAGUGCCGCCAGCUGAAGGACUACCAGCGCGGCCUGGUGCUCUCUACCAUCUUCAACUCGCUCGAGUGUCUGCUGGGCCUGCUCAGCCUUCUGCUGGUCAAGAACUACAAGUCGUCGCAGGCCCGGAGGGGUCGGCGCGGCCGGCGGAGGGCAGGUCGGGCCCUGGCGCGGCCCCGUGGCAUCCCUGGGCUCCGUGCGCAGCCGCCAUCCUCCCGCGCGCGGCGGGGACGACGGGGUCGGCGGGGACGACGGCUGCAGCAGCGGCCGAGUGAGGCCUCCAUCCUGUCCCCUGAGGAGUCCGACUUUGCCGCCCCUGGGGACUGCGCGGGCUUCGCGGCUCACCACGCAGUGUCCUACAUUAACGUGGGCGUCUUCCACGCAUUCGACGAGGCGGGCGUGGAGGUGUGCUGCGGCGGACACCCGUCGGUGGAGCUGCCCGGGUACGCGCCCUCGGAUCCCGACCUCAACGCCUCCUACCCGUACUGUUGCCGACCGCCCUUGGAGGCGGCGCGCCCCUGGGAGCCGAGGCGGGCCUGCUGA